AUGGGGGCCGUCACCCUCACGAUCGGAGACGGGACGGCGAGGUUCCGCAGGGCCUCGCUCUUCUCCCCCGCCCUCCGCGUCCUGAUGCUACUCUCCGUCGUCACCACCAAUCUCUUCGCCCUCUACGCCUUCACCUACUCUCCGCCGGCGUCCUCCGCCGCAACCGCCGGCGGGUGGGACGGUGGCGAUGUGGAGGAUUUCUCCGUCUUCUCCGACCACGUUUCCCAGAUCGUGCGCGAGAUAGAGAUCUCCCAGAAGCAGCUCAGGCAGAUCGAGAAGGAGCUCCUCGGCUACGAGACCCUGGACAUCUCCAAGCCCAGUGUGCCGCAGGAAUUGAAGAUCUUCCUCGGCCGCCAUCCCCUCCCCCUCGGCAGGGACUCCCGCACCGGCAUUACCGAGAUGGUCUCCUCCGUCGGCCACUCCUGCGGCGGCGCCGCUGACCUGGUGGCGCAGUAUAUGACCUACUCGCGGGGCGACCGCUGCCCGGAGGAUGCCUCCCUGGCGGAGAAGCUCCUCUCCAGGGGAUGCGAGCCGCUUCCCAGGCGGCGGUGCCUCUCGAGGCGCACCGCCGUGCCGGAGCUGCUGCCUCUGCCGCUCUCUCUCUGGGCUCCGGCGAACCAGGCCGCCGCCGGCGCCUUCGAUCGCCAGAUGUGGGUGAAGCCCCGGGGGAAGAACGACUUCCUCAUCGACGACGUGCUCUCCCUCACCAGAGGAAUUCGGAUCGGCUUCGACAUCGCCGGCGGAGCCGGCAAUUUCGCGGCAAGGAUGGCAGAGAGGAACGUCACCGUCGUCACCUCCGCGUUCAAUGCGGCAGGCGAGUUCGUCGCCGCGAGGGGGCUCUUCCCGCUAUUCCUCACCCCUGGCCAGCGGUUCCCCUUCUCCGACUCUGUUUUCGAUCUGGUCCACACGGGCAACGCUCUGGACGGGGCCUCCGCCGCGGUGUCGCCGUCGCCGGAGAAGAUGGAGUUCUUCAUGUUCGACGUUGACCGGGUGGUGAGGCCCGGGGGUCUCAUCUGGCUGGACAACUUCCGCUGCCCCGACGAGAAGAUGAAGUCGGCGUUGACCGUCCUCAUCGACAAAUUCGGCUUCAAGAAGCUGAAGUGGGUCGUCGGAGAGAAGCUCGGUCCCUCAGGCGCGGGGAAGAGCGUCCUCCUCUCGGCAGUACUGCAGAAGCCAGCGAGGUCGUGA